AUGCAAUCAUUCAUUACAGCCUUGCUGGCAUCGCUCCUCCCUGUAGUCCAGGCAAGUCAGACCGUGUUCAGCGUCCACGAUGACUUGCUGGCUUUCCCUCAAUACGAAGUCGUUUUCUCGGAAAUCUUUAUCUCGGAUGUCGAGGCGAGCCUCUUAGUUGAGCAGGCUUCUUCUGCUAUCCACAAAUCCACCUCUCCCCAGAGCUCGACUACAAACAGCGUAGACCUGGAGAAAAAAUCCGAUAGCAAUGGAGACAGCUCCCGGGCAGAGCAUUCCUUCGAUCCCGAACACGAAACUUACGAAUUCAUAUACUCCCAUGGCGAGAAACAUCUAUGCACGAUACCCAUAGUGGACACGCCCGCCAAAAACGACACGUCCGAAGCUCGAGCGGCGGAGCAGAAAGAGCUGACCCGCGCCACAGACCGGGGCUGGGAAUUGCUACAGGAUUUGGAGGGCAAAUGUCUAUACUUUGUCUCCGGCUGGUGGUCCUAUGCUUUCUGUUACGAUGAUGAGAUCACGCAGUUCCACCAGCUGCCUCCGCAGCCUGGAAAGCCACUGCUUCCACCUCAACCCGACCCUACAACAUCACAAUUCGUGCUGGGCAAGGCGAAAAGAAAGGAUAGGGCAAACGGAAAGGACAAUUCGAUCGAGAAGUCGUCGAACGAGCAUCCGAAAACAGAGUUGCAGAUCCGAGGCGAUACGAGAUACCUGGUACAAAAGAUGGAGGGCGGUACGACAUGCGAUUUGACUGGGAAGCCGAGACGAGUGGAGGUACAAUAUCACUGCAACCCUCACGUCACAGACCGAAUAGGAUACAUCAAGGAGGUCACAACAUGUUCCUACGUCAUGGUCGUGUACACUCCACGACUUUGCUCCGAUGUCGCAUUUCAACCUCCAAAAGAAACCAAGGCAAACUCGAUUGUCUGCCGAACCGUUGUGCCUGAGGAGGACAUUGCCGAUCUCUCCGAAAUCAAGCUGCUCGAUACCUCCCCAACAGUGGAUACGGAGCUCCCUAUCAACGUCGGGGGUAUUAUUUUAGGUGCGGAAAAGUGGAUAAACAAGGAGGGACAGCGAAUGCCGGUCCCUGCCAACUUUGGAGAGGACGGGCAGAAGAAGGCAGUGACGGAAACCAUUGCCCGUGCGGAGAGCAAGGCCGAAGGCGGAAAGGUUGAGAUUGCUAGCGAUGCUGAGCUGCAAAAGCUAGAUCUUGAUCCCAAGAUGAUUGAGAAGUUGAAGAAAGAAGUUCAGAAAAUGGCCAAAGAAAAGGGAUGGCAGAUCCAGGUCGUAGAUGCACCGGGCCAGGUCAGAGAGAUCUUGGGUAUUGUGGACGGAGACGAUGACGAAGAAGAAGCUGACGACGAAGAAGAAGGGAGUGAGGAAUUGUUCUUCAAGGAUGAGUUAUGA